AUGGGUGGACAAGUAUCUAAGAUGAUGGGAAAGAUCUUCGGGACCAAGGAAAUGCGUAUCCUCAUGUUGGGUUUGGAUGCUGCUGGAAAGACGACAAUUCUCUACAAACUUAAACUCAGCAACCAGGACGUGACCACCAUUCCCACCGUCGGAUUUAACGUCGAGAGCGUGACCUACAAGAACGUCAAAUUCAACGUCUGGGAUGUCGGUGGUCAGGAUAAGAUCCGACCGCUCUGGAGACACUAUUACUCCGGUACACAAGGAUUGAUCUUCGUAGUCGACUCCAGCGAUACCGCCCGUGUGGAGGAGGCUCGCUCGGAGCUGCACAAGAUCAUCAACGACCGUGAAAUGAAGGAUGCUCUGCUUCUGGUGUUUGCCAACAAGCAAGAUAUUCCUGGCCGUGCGUAUCUCCUGUUCCUGGAAUUGAAUUCGAUAAAUCUGUCCACUGACCCACUUCUAGACUUGAGCCCAGAGGAAAUUACUCAGCAGCUUCAAUUGACUAAGCUCAAGGACAAGCUGUGGUACGUUGCGCCCAGUGUUGCGACAGAUGGAACAGGUAUUUUCGAGGGUCUUGCCUGGCUCUCAAACAAUGUCAAGACCCAGCCCCAGAAAUAA